AUGGAGUCAGCCAUUACCAACACACGCUUAUUUCAAUAUGCUAAAAAGGAAACAACACCUUUUCGCUUAUUUAUUCAAAAAUGUAAACAUGAUUGGUCAUUUGUAUUUUCUGGUAUGUUAGCAUUCAAUUUAUUAAUUGCACUAUUACCAAUGGCUGUAACAUUAUUUGGUAUACUUGGUUUUGUUCUUGGUAAUCAUCCGGAAUUACGAAAUCAUAUCAGAAAUAAAAUUAUUGAUGCAUUUCCACCAAAAGCUAAUGAUGGUUUAAGAGAAAUAAUGAACAUGGCAUUUAGACAAUUAUAUCAUGAUGCUGGACUUAUAUUAUCGUUUGGUAUUUUAUUUGCUAUUAUUGGUAGUUCAAGAUUAUUUAUUGCUAUUGAUCGAUGUUUAACAAUAAUUUAUCGUAUCGAGGAACGAAGAUUCUUUGGAAAAUAUUUAUUAGCUAUUGGUAUGCUGUUUCUUUUUCUUACACUUAUACCAUUGAUGAUGGCUGCAUCAUCAGCUCCAUCACUACUUCUUGGUGUAAUUCCAAAUACUGGCGGGCGUCUUGGAGCAUUUAUUACUGGAGUUCUAUUAAGUUUAUUUUUUUCCUUUCUAUUAUUUGAAAUUAUCUAUCUUAUAAUUCCAAAUAAAAAAAUGACAUUUAAACAAACAUGGUGUGGAUCAAUUGUUGCUGCUGGAGCGUUACAAUUAUUCAUGAUAUUAUUUCCAAUUUAUGUGAGAAAAUGUAUGACAAGUUAUACUGGUCAACUCGGUUUUGCAGUUAUUUUAGUUGUUUUUCUCUUUUAUGCAGCUGUUAUACUUAUAUUAGGUGCACAAAUUAAUGCUUUCUUUUUUGAACACAUUCAACCAUUGCCUGUUCCACUAGGAUCCUUUGUUGGUACACUUGCUCAUGAAUACCACCAAAAGGAAGCUAGAAAACUGUUAAAUGUUUAA